AUGGCGUCCAACGAGUCCAACGACCUACCCCCAGCCUCGUCGACCAACCCAGAGAUACCGCCGAGCGCAGACCCUAUGGCCUAUGUAACCGGUGAGCUGAAACGGGCAUUCGAGGAUAUCGCCAGAGGCGAGCAAACAGCGUCCCUGCUCGAGGCAAGCUUAACCGCCCUAGAGUCCAAACUAGAUGCCAUCCUCGCCGCCGCCGAGGUCCCUGAUGCAGAGGAGAGGGACGUGAAUUCCGACCAGGGUGUUGUCGACAGGCGUGCUCCUCCUGGCAGCUCAUCAGCGAAGGAGGAGGAGAAACAGUGA